AUGUCCACCGAAACAACAAUGCAAGCCUGGCAGUACCAAGCCCCCGGACCUCUCCAGUCCACCCUGAAGCUCAACCCCUCGGCCCCCAGGCCGUCCCCAUCCUCCCUGACCCCGGGCCAGGUCCUCAUCAAGCCCAUCGCCGCAAGCCUCAACCCCGCCGACUUUAAGGUCCAGGAACUAGGCCUCAUCGCCCGCGCCAUCUCUAGCUUCCCCAAGACCGCCGGCAUGGACCUCUCCGGCACCGUCCAGUCCGUCGGCCCCAACGUCACCACCCUCCGCGCCGGCGACACCGUCGUCGGCCGCGUCAACCCGUUCAAGGCCCCCGGCUCGCUCGCACAGCUCACCGUUGCAGACACGGCUGGUCUAGUGCGCCUGCCGGAGGGGAUUGACCCCGUCGAGGCGGCGGGCCUACCCACGGGAGCCUUGACGGCGCUCCAGACCAUUGCACCGCACGUGCAGGAGGGGAGGGGUGACAGGGUGCUGAUCAAUGGCGCGACGGGCGGGGUGGGCAUCUUCAGCGUGCAGGUGGCCAAGCUGCUGGGCUGCCGGGUGACGGCGACGGCGUCGACGGGGAGGGGGGUCGAGCUUGCGAAGGAGCUGGGCGCGGACACGGUGAUUGACUAUCGCCAGACGGACGUGGUGGCCCACCUGAAGGGUAAAGGGGAGGAGUACGACUUGAUUGUCGAUAAUGUGGGCGACGGGCCGGGGGAUUUGUUCUCGUCGAGCCGGACGUACCUUGGGGCUGGGAAGCCGUACGUGUUCGCCGGGGGCAGGAUGACGAUGAGGAGCGUGUUCAACCUGAUCACGGCUGCGGUGGUGCCCACGGCGUUGGGGGGCGUCAAGGGCCGGCUUGUGACGUUUGUGGCCAAGGAUAGCGCCGAGGACCUGGAGAGGCUGCUGAAGUGGAAGGCCGAGGGGAAGCUGCGCAUCGUGGUGGACUCGACGUUUGAGUUCAAGGACGCAAAGGUGGCAUUUGAGCAUCUCAAGGCUGGAGGCGUCAAAGGCAAGGUGAUUGUCAAGGCAAGCCCUGACCAGUGA